UAUCAGCACUAUUGAACGGUUAUUGAACUAGCACAAAGCCAAACAUUAAAAGUGAUUUGGUCAAUCAUAUUCACAUACCAAUGACCUAAAAAUUAGUCAAUUAAUUCAUACCAGGUGUCUGUUCGAAUAAUUCGAUUUAGAGCUUAGUGUGCAUCCCAUCUAUCUAUGAACCUAAUUAUCAAUGGACUUUCUACACCGAAUAGUACUUAAUUGUCGUAGAUAAAAUGGGGAAUAUAUUGAAGUCUCGCGCCAAAGUUACUCAGGUAGUUUUCCGUCUGGAUUUUUCUUGUAGUGUGGAUUGCUGUCUUGAGAGUAGCAUUCAGAAAGUUCAUAAAGAAUCAACUGGGUCUUUCCCAAAGACAAGGUCGUGAACAUCUACUACUUUGGAUCCAUUGCAUACGAAGAAGUGAACAACUAUGUGCGUAUAGUUUGCAAUUUGAUUUAAUAUAGUGUGCAAAUAUGAAUAUCGGCGCGUAUUUCCAUAUACUGUCAGCUUAUUUAUUUGGCGAACACGCUAUCCAGCCAUCAGAUGUCUCUGGUGUUGUUAUCCGAAACGGCCAUCCUGAUCAACAUGUUGAGUUUGAUUCUGAUUAUUACUCUUUGAUAGCCAACGAAUCGAACCAAAUUAUAUUCAUCAUUCAUGGUUGGAUGGAACAUGGCAAUGUCACGUGGUAUAAACAGUUAACAGAAGCACUUUUAAGACAAAAUGAGAACAACAUUAUCUUCCAAGUUGACUGGUCUAGAGGUUCUAGGAUGCAAAGAGAUGCUGCUGUUAAAAAUAAUAAACCUACAGGGAUAAUUAUAGGAACCUUCAUAAGUAAUCUGAUUAUCCACAAUCUGUUGUCUCACUCUCAAAUCCACGUGAUCGGUUUCUCAAUGGGUGGUCAGGUAUCUGGCUUCGCAGCAAAAACUGUUAAAGAACUCACAAACCAAAAAAUUGGACGUAUUACAGCUUUAGAUCCUUCUGGAAGGAGUUACAAUGGUAGACCAGCUGAAGAAAGGCUAAAUCUAGAAGAUGCAGAGGUUGUAGCUGUAAUUCAUACAGACCCUACCAACAUUGGCUUCAACGACUCCUGUGGUACCGUUGAUUUGUUCGUUAAUGGCAGGGUUCAUGUCCAACCAGGUUGUCCUGAUGAAAUCGACCUCAUCGAGUUGAAGUAUUGCAGUCACUUCAGAGCAUUCAGAUAUUUGAUUGAGGGAGUCAACAAUAACAGAUUUAUAGGUACCAAAUGCGAAACUUAUGACAAGUUUGAAGAGGGUCAAUGUGCGGGAAAUGAAGAACUGAAUUUUGUGGAUGUGAUCUCUCCGGAUGCUAGAGGAGUUUACUAUGUAAAGACAAGGCCGAAACCACCAUUUCUGGAGUGAAUCUAGCAGACAAGAAGAUAUUUAUUAGUAUUUAAUAAUGAAGAAUGCUUUAAGGUGAACACAUUGUUCAACAAUUUACGUUCUUCCUCUAGAGAAGAAGGAAGGAAUUACAUAUUUCAUUUAGAUAAACAUUCUGUAUUCAGAAGCUUGUGUAUAAAUAAAUUCCUCUUAAUCUA